AUCAAACAUUCCUAUCUUAUUAUUAUUAUCCUCACGUCCAUAUAAAUGGCAACCAACUUCAAUUUAGCGAGUGUUCUAGGGGUACUUUUUGUAUUCACACUGUUCCACAACCCUAUCAUCGUCGCCGGACAAAAUAUUCCGGCGGUGGCAUUGUUCACAUUCGGAGAUUCCAACUUUGACGCAGGAAAUAGAAAGUUCAUCACAACUGGUACACUUCCUCAAAACUUCUGGCCUUACGGUAAAUCUCGAGAUGACCCCAACGGCAAGUUAUCGGAUGGCAAAAUCGUCCCGGACUUUAUUGCAAAAUUCAUGGGAAUUUCACACGAUUUACCGCCGGCGCUUAAACCCGGCGUCGAUGUCUCACGAGGAGCUAGCUUUGCCGUAGACGCCGCUACUAUACUUGGGGCUCCCAAAGACUCUUUGAACAUGAAUCAACAAGUGAGGAAAUUCGAUCAGAUGAUAUCAAACUGGAACGAGAGUUACAUUCAGAAAUCAUUGUUUAUGAUAUCUAUUGGUAUGGAAGAUUACUUAAACUUCACCAAAAGCAAUCCUACAGCCGAUGGUUCUGCUCAAGAAGCUUUUGUCACUUCAGUCAUUAGCAGACUAAAAUACAAUAUUGAGAUGUUGUAUUCAUUGGGAGCUAGUAAGUUCGUUGUAUAUAUGUUAGCGCCACUAGGUUGCUUACCUAUCGUGAGACAAGACUUUAACACUGGUAACGAGUGUUACGAGAAAUUCAACGAUUUGGCUAAACUACACAACGCUAAAAUCGGACCGAUGCUGAAUGAUCUAGCGACAUCCAAAUCGGGUUUCCAGUUCACCGUUUUCGAUUUCUACAAUGUCAUUCUUCGCAGGACACAGAGAAACAUGAAUUUCCGUUACUCCGUUACGAGUGUAUCGUGUUGCGGUACUGGGACGCACAACGCGUAUGGUUGCGGUUUACCCAACGUGCACUCGAAGCUAUGCGAGUAUCAAAGGUCUUACCUCUACUUCGAUGGACGUCACAACUCAGAGAAGGCACAAGAAUCAUUCGCUCAUCUUCUAUUUGGAGCCGACCCAAACGUUAUCCAACCCAUGAACAUUCGUGAACUUAUUACCUAUGCUGUUAAUACAAAUAUGUCUGAGUUUUGGAAAGAACCAGUGGAGAAUGAUUUAUCGGUAGUCCAUGAGAAUGACGUCUAUGCGAGUGCAUCCAUGUAGCUCGUCUAGUUUCGAGCAUUAUAGUUUCUCUCUAGUUCAGGCACGAACUUAGCGGCCUGACUGUUGAAACUCUAAAUAAAAUGUUAUCACGUGUGUAUUUUUUGUUAUAAAUAAAAAAUGGCGUUAUGAACA